AUGAACGAAAAUCUAUUUGCCUCUUUCAUUACCCCUAUAAUUCUAGGCCUCCCCCUCGUAACUCUUAUCGUACUAUUCCCCAGUUUACUGUUCCCAACUCCAAAUCGACUAGUAAGUAACCGCCUCAUUUCCCUCCAACAAUGAAUACUUCAACUUGUGUCAAAACAAAUAAUGAGUAUCCACAAUACCAAAGGACAAACAUGAACAUUAAUGCUAAUAUCCUUAAUUUUAUUUAUUGGAUCAACAAAUCUACUGGGUCUACUACCCCACUCAUUCACACCAACUACACAACUAUCAAUAAAUCUAGGCAUAGCCAUCCCCCUAUGAGCAGGCGCCGUAGUUACAGGCUUCCGCAACAAAACUAAAGCAUCGCUCGCCCAUUUUCUACCACAGGGAACACCAACCCCAUUAAUCCCAAUGCUAGUUAUUAUCGAGACUAUCAGCCUUUUUAUUCAACCAGUGGCUCUCGCCGUACGACUAACAGCCAACAUUACUGCAGGACACCUGUUAAUUCAUCUAAUCGGAGGAGCUACACUUGCACUAAUAAGCAUCAGCAUAACAACAGCUCUCAUUACAUUCAUCAUCUUAAUCCUACUCACAAUUCUAGAAUUUGCAGUGGCUAUAAUCCAAGCCUACGUAUUCACCCUCCUAGUCAGCUUAUAUCUGCAUGACAACACAUAA